CAUCUCAUCGGGACACAGAGUUUUCGGUAUUCUUCUUCGAUCGUUUGCCCUCCGAUCGCUUUAACUCCACCUACGCAUACACGCACACGCGCUCGUACGCCUGUUUAUAAUUAUCCUUAUUUAACGUGUAUUACGCAGUGACCGCAUUGUUUUUGCUCGUUGUAAAAGGAUACGAAAUGAAAUUUCUGAUAAUCGCAGCACUUGUGGGAGUGGCGUUGGCGCAGCAGGAGUACCAGGGACGAAAUCUUCGUGAUCAAGACCAGGAUCAGAGACAGCAAGCUGGCAGCGACGACAGGAGAUCUACAACUUUCAUUCCCAUACUCGCGUGGAACAAGGAGCAGGAACACGAUGGAACGUAUAGAACGAGUUAUGAGACCGGUAACAAUAUUGUAGCCGAAGAGAGCGGAUACAUCAAGACCUUUGGUGAAGGCGAGGACAAAACUGAGGGUCUCGUUCAGCAAGGCAGUUAUUCGUACACUAGUCCUGAUGGCCAAGUGAUAUCGGUAAGCUACACAGCCGAUGAGACUGGAUUCCAUGUAUCCGGUGAUCAUCUUCCAACCCCACCCCCCGUCAGCGAAGAAAUCCAAAAGGGACUUGACCUCAUAUACGCUGGAAUCAAACAACAACAAGAGGCUGAUGCGCGAGAAGCUGCUCAGAAAAUCAAUCAACCACAGAGCCAACAGAUCGAAAGGAACGAGGACAAAAAAUACAGAUUUUAAAUAAAAUAUGACAAGACAUGCAACUGAGCAAAAUCGGACGUACAUCAUUCGUCGAAUACCAAAUUAUCUACUGUAUGUCGUAAAAACUUUUAUGUUUCGCUCGAGUAGGAAACACGCGAAACCAUCGACUUUGCUUAAUGUACACUACAAAUAUAUAUUCAGAGUGUAUGUAAACAAAGAAUUUCGCGUCGUCCAAAGCAUUUGACAUGGUUGGUAACUAUAAAUUGCGGUCGAUUAACAAUGACCGAUUAUAGGUA